AUGUUGUUUACGACAGUACUGUUCUUGGUCAUUACCACUUCACUCUUUUCUGCAGCUUCAAUACCAACUCCCAACCAUGGAAGAAGCUUCCAGCAAUGCUUCUACUCUCAUUACUCCAACAAUCACACCCAAGUCGUCAUUCCUAGAAACUCUCCCCUGUAUUCACCCCUUCUCAACUCUUCCAUUCGAAACAACAGGUUCGUCAACUCUUCAUCAUUCGACUCGUGGUCGAAACCCGAAUUCAUUGUUACCCCCACCCGCGAAUCACACAUCCAAGCCACCAUAAUUUGCGCCAAGCGGUCAGGUUUCCAAGUGCGGACACGAAGUGGAGGUCACGACUAUGAGGGCUUAUCAUACUCAUCAUCUACACACCAGAAGUUCGUGCUGGUCGACCUCUCGAAUUUCAGGUCCAUCGAGGUCGACAUAGAAAAUGAGAUCGCCUGGGUGGAGACAGGCGCCACGCUAGGUGAAUUGUACUACAGGAUUGCAGAGAAGAGUAGGGUUCAUGGCUUCCCUGCUGGAAGCUGCCCGACCGUGGGAGUGGGAGGCCACUUCAGUGGAGGUGGAUUUGGGACCAUUUUCAGAAAGUACGGCUUAGCGGCGGAUAGAGUUAUGGAUGCCAGGAUCGUCGACGCGAAUGGAGAGAUCAUGGACAGGAAUUCCAUGGGAGAGGACCUGUUUUGGGCCAUCCGAGGCGGAGGAGGAGCCAGCUUUGGAGUAAUCUUGGCAUGGAAAGUCGAGUUAGUUCCCGUUCCUGAAAUCGUAACCAUUUUUAGUGUCAGCAGGAUUGCGGAACAAGGCGGGGUUCAGGUCUUCCAGAAGUGGCAAAACGUGAGCCACAACCUCCCCAAGGAAUUAUUCCUUCACGCCGUCAUUAAACCCAAUAACGGAACAAUUCAGUUCGUGUUUGUGGGACUUUUUCUCGGCAGAGUGAAGGAACUACUUCCUCUGAUGGAGGAAAGGUUCCCAGAGCUGGGUUUGGCCGCGGAAAGCAGUCAGGAAGUCAGUUGGAUUCAGUCUGUGAUGUACUUUGCAGGGUUCGCGGUGAACAACAUCUCGUUGAAAGCGCUGCUCAAUCGAACCUCAACCUUCGAUGGGUUCUUUAAAGCGAAAUCGGAUUACGCGAGAGAACCCAUCUCAGGACUCGGGCUCGAAGGACUUUUCAAGCGGGUUCUGGAACAGGAGUCGUCUAUGCUGAUCCUGACGCCUUACGGCGGCAGGACGGGAGAGAUUCCUGAUUCAGAAACUCCAUUUCCUCAUAGGAGAGGUUACAUAUACAUGAUUCAGUACAUCGUGACUUGGGAUACAGAGGAGGAGACGAGUUUACACAUGAGGUGGAUCAGAGAACUGUAUGAGUACAUGGCUCCAUAUGUCUCCAAGGCACCUCGAGCUGCUUACUAUAAUUACAGGGAUCUUGAUUUGGGCCGGAACGGGAAGAACGAUGAUAGUUACGAACGGGCCAGAAUCUGGGGUUUGAAGUAUUUCAAUGGCAACUUUGAUAGGCUGGUCCGUGUUAAAACUGCAGUCGACCCAUCCAAUUUCUUCUGGAAUGAACAGAGCAUCCCUGUUUUAGCUCCCCAUUAA